GGGGCGGCCGCGGAGCGCGGGUGGGGCGCGGCGCAGCGCCCGAGCCUCCUGCCUUUUCGGGCCGCGCCCCGGCCGCCCGCAGCCUCCCGGCUCUUGCCCCGACCCUCUCUCCGUAUCCCGCCGGCGGGGCGCGCCCCGCGCGCGCAGAAUGUGGCAGAGGACACGGGCUCGGCCCCGCGCGCCCUGGCGUUGGGCGCUGGCGCUUCUGGCUCUAGGCGGCGCGGGACUGUGCCACGCCGGCCCGCAGCUCAGGCACCCCGCGAGGCCCAGCGCCAGGAACAAGAACUGGUGCGCGUACAUCGUGAACAAGAACGUGAGCUGCUCGGUGCUGGAGGGAAGCGAGAGUUUUAUUCAGGCUCAAUACAACUGUGCCUGGAACCAGAUGCCCUGUCCGUCCGCGCUCGUGUAUCGUGUGAGCCUCAGACCCAGAUAUGUCACCAGGUUCAAGACGGUGACACAGUUGGAAUGGAGGUGCUGCCCUGGCUUCAAGGGGGGAGACUGCCAACAAGGUCCCAGAGACGCCCCCAAGACUCCCCGCCCCACGCCCACUCAGCCUCGAAACAGCGUGAAGAAAGCCACAGACAAUGAACCAAGCCAAGUCUCAGAGCCCAAGAAGACAUUGUCACCAACGCCUGCAGCAGAACCAAGUUGGGCAGUGGAUCCACAACAGGGGCCCCAAGAACUUCAGGAAAAGAAAAUCCAGGCUCUUGAGGAGAAGGUUCUCCGCCUCACAAGGACGGUUCUUGAUCUCCAGUCUUCCAUGGCUGGAGCAAAUGAAAACCUCAAACAUGCCAUUCAGGAUGAUGCCAGUAAAAGGCUGGCGUCAUGGCUCAGUACCCGGCAUCCGCAGCCGGGGCCUGACAGUGCGGUUGGUGGAGACCCAGAAACGAUCCAGCUUCCUGGUGUCUUCAACAAUAAGGAAUCUGGCAUGAAGGACAUCAAGUCUGAAUUGGCUGAAGUCAGGGAUGCUCUGAAGACCAAGAGUGACAAGCUAGAAGAGCUGGAUGGGAAAGUGAAGGGCUAUGAAGGGCAGCUCAAACAGCUCCAGGAGGCAGCCCAGGGCCCUACGGUCACCAUGACCACCAACGAGCUCUACCAGGCAUAUGUCGACAGUAAGAUUGAUGCCCUGAGAGAAGAGCUCAUGGAGGGAAUGGACAGAAAGCUGGCUGAUCUCAAGAACUCGUGUGAGUACAAGCUGACUGGCCUCCAGCAGCAGUGCGAUGACUAUGGGAGCAGCUACCUGGGCGUGAUCGAGCUCAUAGGAGAGAAGGAAGCAAGCCUGAGAAAAGAAAUAAAUGACCUUCGAGCCCGGGUGCAAAAUCCUUCAGCCUGGGAAAAUUGCUGUGACGGUGCAAAGAAUGGGGACUUUGGGCAGCAGAUCAAGAUGUUAGACCAGAAAAUCGAAAGAGUUGCUGAAGCCACCAGAAUGCUGAACGGGCGACUGGACAAUGAGUUCGACCGCCUCCUAGUUCCGGAGCCAGAGGUGGACUUUGAGGCCAGAUGGAGCGAACUAGAUGCAAGGAUCAAUGUGACGGAAAAGAAUGCAGAAGAGCACUGCUUUUACAUUGAGGAAACCCUUCGGGGGACCAUUAACGGGGAGGUAGAUGACUUGAAGCAGCUUCUUGAUAGGAAAAUACAGUCUCUGGAGGAGCGGCUGGGGAGCGGACUCCUAGAAAUGGCCAACGGCACUGAGGCAGGCCUCGCACCCCCAGGGCUAGGCCUGCCCGGCAGGUCGGGGGCUGGGAACGAACAGGUCCUGGUGGAAUUAAGCCACCUGAAGGACAGAGUGCAGGCGGUCGAGGCUGUGUGCCUGCAGAGCGUCCAGGGAGAGCUGCUCGGGGUAGAGGAUGCUUUGCGAAAGGGAGACCACACAGCGGGUGACACUAGGAGCCUUUGGAAAUCUCUUAAUGACACAGUGCACAGGAAGUUUCUAGAAACGGAACGGAGCAUCCAGACACUUCAACAGGAUUUCAGUUUUCUUUAUUCUCAACUCAACCGCACGGAAGACCAGGUGAGUCAGCUUCAGAUGGAGCUGAGUGGUUGCAGAGAAGGUCAGAACACUGGAGUGGGGGGUUCUGCUAAGGGGGGUGAGCCGGCCGAGAUGGAGGGGCCCCUUCCCUCCCCCCAGGGCUGGCUGGGUCCUUGCUGUGGCCAGCUGGAGGAGAGGUGGCAGAGGCUUCAGGGCCAGGUCCUCGCCGAGCUGGACACGUGUAAGGAGAAGACGCACGGGGUCCAGCGGGAGGUCUCCGUGGUGGAGGACAGGGUGUCUCGUAUGGAGAAGACGUGCAGCAAGCUGGACUCCAUCUCGGGAAGCCUUCAGAAAAUUAAGGAAGGGCUCAAUAAGCACGUCGGCGGCCUGUGGAGUUGUGUCAGGCAGAUGAACGGGACGCUCCGGGCACAUUCCAGAGACAUCGCUGGCCUGAAGAAUUCAGUCCAGCAGUUCUACAGCCAUGUUUUUCAGAUUUCUACGGACUUGCAAGAUCUGAUCAAAUUUCAACCGUCAUCAAGCUCAGCCGAGGAGUCCUCGGAAGCGCCCCCGCUUCCGCCCCGAGGGACCCCGCCCCCGGCGGCACCUAGCGAACCUUCUCCAGCGCUGCCACCGCCGCAGCCCAGCCCGCCACCGCCUCGCGAGGACCCAGGAAGGCCGCACACGGGCCAGCGGCCGGUCCUGCCCCGGAGACCCACCCAGCCGCCGCCCUCGCGGGCGUGGCCCGGCUGGAUGGGGCUGCCCUUCCUGCCCGGCUCCACCGGAGUCAUCACGGAGACUGGGGAGGCCGGGCCUCCGGGCAGGGUGGGCGUGUCGGGGAGGGGGCUGCCCCAGGGCGCCGACGGCCACACCCAGCCCGGGCUCCUCCCCAGCGCUGAAGGCUAUGCCGGAGCUCCAGGGUACCCCAAGUCACCACCUGUAGCCUCCCCAGGGGUUCCGGUCCCGUCUCUGGUGUCCUUCUCGGCGGGGCUCACCCAGAAGCCUUUCCCCAGUGAUGGGGGCGUCGUCCUCUUUAACAAAGUGCUGGUGAACGACGGGGACGUGUACGACCCCAGCACUGGGGUCUUCACUGCUCCAUAUGAAGGGCGCUACCUGAUCACGGCCACCCUCACCCCCGAGCGGGAUGCGUACGUGGAAGCCGUCCUCUCGGUCUCCAACGCCAGCGUUGCCCAGCUGCACACCGCCGGCUACAGGAGAGAAUUCCUGGAGUACCACCGGCCCCAGGGGGCUCCGCACACGUGCGGGGGCCCGGGCGCCUUCCACCUGGUCGUGCACUUGAAGGCAGGGGACGGCGUCAACAUCGUGGUGACCGGGGGCAGGCUGGCGCACACGGACUUUGAUGAGAUGUACUCGACGUUUAGUGGGGUUUUCUUAUAUCCUUUCCUUUCCCACCUCUAGGGUGGCCGGCAAAGAGCUGUCAGAACUCAGCAGCGUUCACCUAUUCAGUUUGCGUGUGUAGCUGCAGCACGGGUCUCAUCUGCUGCAGACUCCCCUGCAUCGGCGUGAGCUCUGCUCCGAGGGGCUGUGCUGGGCCGAAGCGUGCUGACCUCGGAGGCUCAAGCCGCUGACCUCGGAGGCUCGAGCCACCGCCCUGCAGGGCCACGUCCUGCUGCUGGAGGAGGAGAAGCCACUGGGCUAUAGGCCUCAGGAGGCAGGCGGCAAAAACUGCCGGUGUCUGUGGCCAGUCUUUUGGAGCAAGUGUUGCCAGCGGUCUUUGUUCACCCUGCAUGCACAAGGGUUUAAACACUGAAGUGGCACGUGCCACCACAGACCUGGGGUUGACAGAGGGCUGUCCCAGGUUUGGCUGAACACCCCCCUGCCCCCCCCCCCCCGCCAUUUACCUGGCUGAGAGGGAUGCAGGAGAGACUGUUUACGUAGCUUGUUGGACUCCUUGAAUGAUAUAUGUACGACAUAAGUGCAAAGACAGGGAGCAUGAAUAAAGAUGUAAAACCAA